CGUGUUUUUGUUUUGGGUAGAAGAAUUAGUUGUACUUGAGGAAGGCCGGAUUCCUUAUUUUCGCCCUUCGGAAUCGCGCGUGCCGGGAAGGAACUCUCGCUGACCAGCAGCCUCACGCGCACCGAGAUCCUGUCCCCGCCGCCUUCUUGGGAGGGGGGAACACGGCUCCUCCUCUCUCGCCAUCCUCCUCCCGCGGAGAAGAGGGAGGACGACGGCCAAGCAAGCGACCGAAGCCGCCGCGCCAAGGAGGUGGGGGGCCAGGUCUGGCCCGGCCUGGCUCGGCUUGGCUUGGUCUCGCCCGAGCUGACCUCCGCCAGGCCUCAGCCAUGAGAAGGGAAAUGAAUGGGGUCACUAAGGGCCGGUUUGAGUUUAGAAAGGAAAAAUAAAACUAACCAGGUGUUAUAAAAAGUAUUUAGCACCAGAUGAUAAACCUCCAAACAUGAAAAAGAAUAUCUUCAUCCAGAAAUUGGCUGUUGGAUUAAGACAGAUGUUCUCAAAUAAUGAUGAGGCUGUGAUCAAUAAAAAGCUUCCCAAAGAGUUGCUUCUUCGAAUAUUCUCCUUUCUGGAUGUGGUCACUCUAUGCCGCUGCGCGCAGGUCUCCAGGGCAUGGAAUGUCCUAGCUUUGGAUGGUAGCAAUUGGCAACGGAUUGACCUGUUUGAUUUCCAGAGGGACAUCGAGGGGCGUGUAGUAGAAAAUAUUUCUAAAAGAUGUGGAGGAUUCCUUCGAAAGCUGAGUCUACGCGGAUGCCUAGGUGUGGGAGACAACGCAUUGAGGACAUUUGCCCAAAACUGCAGAAAUAUUGAAGUGUUGAAUCUAAAUGGUUGCACCAAAAUUACAGAUGCUACAUGUACUAGCCUUAGUAAAUUUUGCUCAAAGUUACGGCAUCUUGAUCUAGCUUCCUGCACAUCAAUAACCAACCUGUCACUGAAAGCAUUGAGUGAGGGGUGCCCUCUACUAGAGCAACUCAAUAUCUCGUGGUGUGACCAAGUGACAAAAGAUGGCAUCCAAAAUUUGGUGAGAGGCUGUGGUGGACUCAAAGCUCUGUUUCUUAAAGGCUGUACACAGCUGGAAGAUGAAGCUCUCAAAUAUAUUGGUGCAAAUUGUCCUGAAUUAGUGACUCUGAAUUUGCAAACAUGCUUGCAAAUAACAGAUGAUGGCCUCAUUACAAUAUGUAGAGGAUGCCACAAGUUGCAAUCUCUAUGUGCUUCUGGCUGUUCCAAUAUCACUGAUGCCAUCUUGAAUGCGUUAGGGCAAAAUUGUCCCAAACUUAGGAUAUUGGAAGUAGCUCGGUGUUCCCAGCUUACAGAUGUGGGCUUCACAACUCUGGCUCGGAAUUGUCAUGAACUUGAAAAAAUGGACUUGGAGGAAUGUGUUCAGAUAACAGACAGCACCUUAAUUCAGCUUUCCAUACACUGUCCACUGCUCCAAGUUUUGAGUUUAUCACACUGUGAGCUGAUCACUGAUGAUGGUAUUCGCCAUUUAGGCAACGGUGCCUGUGCCCAUGAUCGUUUGGAGGUCAUUGAGCUGGAUAACUGCCCCUUGAUCACAGAUGCCUCCUUGGAACACCUCAAGAGCUGCCACAGCCUGGAAAGGAUAGAAUUGUAUGAUUGCCAACAGAUUACCCGAGCUGGAAUUAAGAGACUCAGGACCCACUUACCGAAUAUUAAAGUCCACGCCUACUUUGCACCUGUAACUCCACCACCAUCUGUGGGGGGCAGCAGACAGCGUUUCUGCAGAUGUUGCAUCAUCCUAUGACGUGAGAGCCAGUCUACCUUGUGAAAAACAAACUGAGUAUUUAAAUUACCCUUCUAGAAGUUACAGUGGACACCAGUAUCUCUGCCAACAAAAUGAUGCCAGUGCUCUUUCACCAGGGCCUUUGGAAAACAAAACAGGGGAAGCUGGUGCAAAACAUUGUUCCCCUUUUUUAUCCCACAUAAAAAGACACACACACACACACACACACACAAACACACACACACUCUAAUAUAUACAUACUUAUUCCAAUAGACUGAAGGUCUCUGAAACUGAGGACCUAAAUCUAUGGGAACUUUAUCCCCUUCCCCCCUCCCCCCAUUGCCCCGUGGGUGGAUUGCUAUAAUUGUAAACCAUUCCUACAAAGCCGGCUCAGAAGAAAUCAUGGGGUGGCGGGUGGGAGAAAAGAAUUGUUGGUUGAAUCACUUCGCACUUCAGAAGAACUGCUGUUGCUUCCAAGAGAGGGAGAAGUUGUUCUUUUGACACUGAAAGCAGCAAAAAAAAAUGAUGUUGGGAUUGAAGGAGAGAUUUAUAACUGAGGAGGAACAAACAUGAGCACUGAACCUUGAAGAUACUGUUCAGUAGGAGGAAAAUGUACAAAGCAAAAAGAAAACACAAUGCCCUUGGGUAUAUUUUUUAUUUUAAAAGAAAAAAAAAUCAUAUAUGUGUUAAGGAAUGUUAAAACAGCAGCCAUUGUGAGAUGUAGAUUCCUGCGCUUCUGUACUUCCUUGUUUUCUGUGCCGGCACAUACACUGAGCAUGCUCAUCUUGGAGGUUCAGCAGUUUCUCUUCUUUUAUAAUAUUUGGCUCAGAGGCUUCCUAGAUUGUUGUGAUGAUAAAGCUAGAAAUCUGUAAUGUCAGGCCUGCUAUCUUUUUCCCCCCAUUCUCCUCAGUAUCUUCUUUUUUAUAUAAACUAGAUGUCUAAAUCUGAAACUGUAUGAAAUGACUGAACAUAUAAUACACAUGCCAAGUUAAUAUUUCUUUUCAAAAA